AUGCCAUUCCACACGGAUCUUCGCUCCACGGUGGGGCCAGCUGCUCCCCGACCUCUCUGCAAUGACCCUCCCAAUCUCGAGGAACCCAGUCCCAGAAAUAGAAACAUGGGGCGUUGGUUUGGGGCUGGGAGGGGAGCGGUGACGGCCGUUCUCCAGCCAGCCCCUGAAGCAGCUGUCUGCGGGCCGUUGCCUUUUGCCUCUCUCCUGGGGAGACGUCGCCUGAGCCCGCAGGGUGGCAAGGGAGCCUGCCUCUUCCACUGUGCCCGUGCCAAGCAGGGCACUCAGUCGGCCGCAGGGAAAAGAGCUUUAUUUUUGGCCCUCUUCAUGUCUGUGAUUAAUGAGCUAAAGAAACUCAUUGGCGAAGAAUGUGCGGGGGCCCUGCAGGUAUCCCUCAUCUUCACCACGUUGUCUGUUCCUGGUAAUCCACGUUCGGCUUCGACCCCUCUGACGGAUGGCUCCAAACGCACAUUCCCCAAAACUGCCCCCCUCCCCUCCCUGAUGGGUUUUAAUCCAUCUCUGCGGAGUCCAGUCAGAGCCCUCCAUGUGGACCGACCGCUCUCUCGGUCUCUGGAGGGUUCUGGGCUGGCAGGUGGCAGCAGAAAGAGAGCUGUCGUCCUCAGCGCCAAACCUCCCCCCCCCCCCCCCACCCCCCCCCCCCCCCAACCGCCCCCCCCCCCACCCCUCCAACCCCCAGCCACCCCUUCCCCCCCCCCCCCCCCCCCCCCCCCACCCCCCCCCCCCCCCACCCCCCCCCCCCCCCACCCCCCCCCCCCCCCACCCCCCCCCCCCCCCACCCCCCCCCCCCCCCACCCCCCCCCCCCCCCACCCCCCCCCCCCCCCACCCCCCCCCCCCCCCACCCCCCCCCCCCCCCACCCCCCCCCCCCCCCACCCCCCCCCCCCCCCACCCCCCCCCCCCCCCACCCCCCCCCCCCCCCACCCCCCCCCCCCCCCACCCCCCCCCCCCCCCACCCCCCCCCCCCCCCACCCCCCCCCCCCCCCACCCCCCCCCCCCCCCACCCCCCCCCCCCCCCACCCCCCCCCCCCCCCACCCCCCCCCCCCCCCACCCCCCCCCCCCCCCACCCCCCCCCCCCCCCACCCCCCCCCCCCCCCACCCCCCCCCCCCCCCACCCCCCCCCCCCCCCACCCCCCCCCCCCCCCACCCCCCCCCCCCCCCACCCCCCCCCCCCCCCACCCCCCCCCCCCCCCACCCCCCCCCCCCCCCACCCCCCCCCCCCCCCACCCCCCCCCCCCCCCACCCCCCCCCCCCCCCACCCCCCCCCCCCCCCACCCCCCCCCCCCCCCACCCCCCCCCCCCCCCACCCCCCCCCCCCCCCACCCCCCCCCCCCCCCACCCCCCCCCCCCCCCACCCCCCCCCCCCCCCACCCCCCCCCCCCCCCACCCCCCCCCCCCCCCACCCCCCCCCCCCCCCACCCCCCCCCCCCCCCACCCCCCCCCCCCCCCACCCCCCCCCCCCCCCACCCCCCCCCCCCCCCACCCCCCCCCCCCCCCACCCCCCCCCCCCCCCACCCCCCCCCCCCCCCACCCCCCCCCCCCCCCACCCCCCCCCCCCCCCACCCCCCCCCCCCCCCACCCCCCCCCCCCCCCACCCCCCCCCCCCCCCACCCCCCCCCCCCCCCACCCCCCCCCCCCCCCACCCCCCCCCCCCCCCACCCCCCCCCCCCCCCACCCCCCCCCCCCCCCACCCCCCCCCCCCCCCACCCCCCCCCCCCCCCACCCCCCCCCCCCCCCCCCCCCACCCCCCCCCCCCCCCACCCCCCCCCCCCCCCACCCCCCCCCCCCCCCACCCCCCCCCCCCCCCACCCCCCCCCCCCCCCACCCCCCCCCCCCCCCACCCCCCCCCCCCCCCACCCCCCCCCCCCCCCACCCCCCCCCCCCCCCACCCCCCCCCCCCCCCACCCCCCCCCCCCCCCACCCCCCCCCCCCCCCACCCCCCCCCCCCCCCACCCCCCCCCCCCCCCACCCCCCCCCCCCCCCACCCCCCCCCCCCCCCACCCCCCCCCCCCCCCACCCCCCCCCCCCCCCACCCCCCCCCCCCCCCACCCCCCCCCCCCCCCACCCCCCCCCCCCCCCACCCCCCCCCCCCCCCACCCCCCCCCCCCCCCACCCCCCCCCCCCCCCACCCCCCCCCCCCCCCACCCCCCCCCCCCCCCACCCCCCCCCCCCCCCACCCCCCCCCCCCCCCACCCCCCCCCCCCCCCACCCCCCCCCCCCCCCACCCCCCCCCCCCCCCACCCCCCCCCCCCCCCACCCCCCCCCCCCCCCACCCCCCCCCCCCCCCACCCCCCCCCCCCCCCACCCCCCCCCCCCCCCACCCCCCCCCCCCCCCACCCCCCCCCCCCCCCACCCCCCCCCCCCCCCACCCCCCCCCCCCCCCACCCCCCCCCCCCCCCACCCCCCCCCCCCCCCACCCCCCCCCCCCCCCACCCCCCCCCCCCCCCACCCCCCCCCCCCCCCACCCCCCCCCCCCCCCACCCCCCCCCCCCCCCACCCCCCCCCCCCCCCACCCCCCCCCCCCCCCACCCCCCCCCCCCCCCACCCCCCCCCCCCCCCACCCCCCCCCCCCCCCACCCCCCCCCCCCCCCACCCCCCCCCCCCCCCACCCCCCCCCCCCCCCACCCCCCCCCCCCCCCAUGGGACCCACGGCAGGGCCCUGGGGCAGAGGGGGCAGCUCCUCACCCUCAUUAA